UCUUCAAGAUGAAGACCAUUUUGAAGGAUUAUAUAUUUGGGGUUUUGGUUAUUYUACUAUAUUCAGCGUGUACCGACUGCACCACAACAAAUUUCGAUACCUACGAAAUAGACGAGGAGCCUCUAAGCUUUGCCCAGGACCAAAACCAGCUCGAUUCAGUGACAACAUACCAGCUUGACUCGGCUCAACACAAAGUACUGGACUUGGCUUUAGUGUUUGACGCGUCGUACACCAUUACUACAUCAGGAUGGUAUAAAAUUAAGAAAGCGGCAAAGCAAUUGGUGGAUUCACUCGAUAUUGCACCGCAGGGUACCCACGUAUCACUGAUGAAAUACAGCACGGAUGUAGAGACUUUCCGGAUCUUUGAGCAAGAUGAUGAUAAAGAUAAAAUAAAGAAGCAGAUUGAAGACUUGACAUACGAUGGUGAAUGGUCUCGAAUGGACCUCGCAGCAAAGGCAGUUGACGAGCACGUGUUUGCUUCUGAUAGCGGAGCAAGAUUGGGUGAUGUGCCCAAAGCAGUUGUCUUCUUCACAGAUGGAAGAACUGAYGGUCAGACACAACCUGACGAAGAGGUAGACUGGCAUCAGAGGGUCUUGAGAGCACUUAAACCACUUCAUGAUAAAAAUGUGAUCGUGUAUGCUGUUGCUGUGGGUGGUCUUGCUGACCGAUCACUGCUUGCUGAAAUAACUGGAUCCCCACCUCCAAAUGCMACUUUAUCGGAUCAAGCCAGCGAGUCCAAAGUGUUUGAACUGAGUGGCAUCGACGAUUUAGUCAAAAGCCUCGAUAAACUGAGUGUUUCUGUCCCAAAGGUUGUAAUCACAUCGACAGUUGUCAUGACGACGGUAGAAACUUCCACUCCAGUCACAAAAGUAACUGCUACAGUAAMAACAACCAAAGAAGUACCCCCCUCUUCGCCCGCCGCUCCGGCAUCAAGUCAAGCCUUGUCACCAUCAACAGGUGAAACACCUUCUGUAGAACCUACCUUAUCUUCAGGGGCUGCCUCUUCUGUACAAGCUUCCUCUUCCGAAGGGGCCUCCUCCAUUUCCGGAUCUAGCUCUGCUGGUGCUUCUAUAUCUCCAUCUGCAACCAUAUCUCCUGCAGCGUCCUCUUCUGCAGUGGCCCCCUCUUCUGGAGGAGCUUCAUCUCCUCCCGCGUCUUCCUCUGCGGGCGUUUCUGAGAGCGCUUCAGCGGGUGCUUCUUCAAGCGCUUCAGCGGGUGCCUCUUCGGGGGCUUCUUCGGGCGCUUCAGCGGGUGCUUCUUCAAGCGCUUCUGCUGGUGCCUCUGCUAGCUCUUCUGCUGGUGCAUCUUCGGGCGCUUCUGCUGGUGCAUCUUCAAGCGCUUCUGCGGGUGCCUCUGCUAGCUCUUCUGCUGGUGCUUCUUCGGGCGCUUCUGCUGGUGCAUUUUCAAGUGCUUCUGCGGGUGCUUCUUCAGGCAUUUCUUCCUCACCAGCAGGGRCCUCACCUGCUACCUCAUCACCAGUGCCUUCGUCUUCUGCAGGAGCUGCUACACCUUCUGUGAGUCCUUCUCCACAAGCUAGUCCUUCAGGUAGUCUUUCUGCCAGUGCAACGCCUGGCAUCGCCGCAACAACUGUAGCUGAAACAAUUACUAUAACUACCACUAUCCAAGUAACCCAAAGCGUCCUGCACGUAGGAAAAGGAACACCAAUCCUUAUAACAGCAGAAAAGAAAAGACUUAAGCGCUCAAUACCUUCCAAGUGGUACCACAGAAUCAUGCCAAGAUUUUUUAAACGCUGGUUACAAGUAGAAGACUAAAUCGAUCAUUGUAAGACAUCAUAGAAAUAGCUAUAAACACCUUUUAAUGAGGGAUAAAUAUCUAGUGACAUUUGUAAUAAAACCAUAUACGUAGRACUAUUUAAAACUAGUACACCAUAUUGAUAUCUAAGCCACCUGUAUGUAAUCAUUASAAAAUACUAAUAAAACCCAGAUGUUUGCAUCAUUGUUGAUUAAGUUUUCCGAUUUUCUGAAUCACGAAGCGAUUCAGACAGAUCGAUAGAAGAAUGAAAUAUCUAAAACACAAACUGAAACUAUUGUAAGAACGAAGACUUUAUGGGUCCAAUGUCAAAUAAAUCACUAAAUAAACCUAA